CUUCCAUCACUAGAGCAUGGGGAAAAGCCCCAGUAUGGGGGCAAUGGUCACUGUAUAUGUAUAUUCAGCUCGAACGAGGAUCCCUUCCUCUCCCAUCUUCCCUCCCACUUCAGGCACAACUCCUGAGCCAAGUCACCAGAGAAGACCCAGGACGAGAGUCGGAGAGCUCCAUCAAAGAGAAUGCGCCUUUCUCGUCAUAAGAUUGCACUGGCACGACUUGAAGCUGGAAUGAAUGCUUGGAUUUUCCCAUGUAGACACCACCCGGUGCCCAAUGCUACAAGAUCCCAGACUGUUGGAGGUGCAGCUCACCACACCUACACCAACGGUGACAAAGCAUACGAUGGACAGGAUAUUCAAGCUCUGUCCUUUCUUUGGGCCAUACACCGACUUUGAUUCUGCCCUGCCUUUGAAAGCGGUGAAUCAAACAUCUCCAGGUGAACUUCAAAACAGUCCGCAUUUGCUUCAUCAUUCAUGGUUCUGCCCAGGCUGCAUGCUCCUUUAUGGAACAAACAACUCGUCGUUCUUUCAUCAGCCAAGCCCGACAGAGGCCUCCUUGCCCUAUCUCCCGAGCACCCUACACCAAGGAUAACUACCUGCGUGAUUUCAGCUGUCCGGAAACUCUCAGAGCCAACCGAUCUUUACUCAGAUCUGGUUCAUCUCAGCCUUUCCCAAAGACAUGGACCAUCUCAAAGAACAGGAAGCCGGACGACAACGCAUGAGGGACCUUUUUCAACAGAGAGAACUGGAACGUGGAAGCCUGCGUCGCAAACGGAUAUUCAAGACUCCCGAAGAAGAGGCCAAGCAGGCAGUUCGACUCACUCCGAAUGCACAGGCGAGAAAUGAGCGAGAGCUGACGGCAACCCGUGGACAAGCCCCAGUGUUCAACGAGAAUAUCUGGAAUGGCGAGAGACGGAGACCAGCACCUAACGAGAUACGCUCAGUCAGUCCUCGCACUCGCGUAGAUGAGGAUGGAGGAUUUACCACGAGCAAAGACAAUGGUGACGUGAAGAAGAGCGAUGACGGUGCUAGAAUGUCAGGGGGUUCCCACGACGGAAACAACAGGAACAACAGGAACAACAGCAAAAACAGCAAUAACAGCAACAAGACCUCUCACAACUCUGCCUCAACCGACAAAAAGAGUUCUUCUUGAAUCUUUCACGCUGCUACAAACGACCUUCUGUUUUUCUCAUUGACCUCCUUGGACAUAUCCCGAAGGCAUUUGUAACCUCUCGUCGAUUCGCCAUUCCCGACCACUAUGCACUUUGAGCGAUAUUGCCGCACCCUGCCCUGCCUUUCCCGAAGCAACCCACUCGAUCUUGGCACAGAAAGAAGACAACACAUAACCCAGUCCUUCGGCGACAGAAUGAGCUUCAGCAAGAAUCCGGUGAUGGCUGCUCCGCCCAAGCCAAAAUAUGACGGUCUGUGCCGGCAUCAGAUUCCUUCUCGAGCUUCCGUCAACAUUUUUCAGGGGGGAUUCAGCCUUGCGCGACAGUUUCUGCACCACUUUUGGGGGAACCACCUGACAAUAUUGCCAGUUUUGCAGUCACAUGCUUGGGGGAAACGUCCAUUCGUUGCACUUUGGCUAUCCCAGCUCGUCACCACACAUGCUGCUACGUGCCACUAGCAGAUUCAAUUCCAGAUGGAUGAGUGAGCUUCCCCGUUGACCUUUUGGUGGUGCUCAACGAUAGUCACAGAGAGCCGAUAUGGAGACCCAAGAUACGAUACACACUCAAAAACAAGACCCACAUGCGUCUCCCGCCACAAGCCAUACGACCCGGGCAUAGGGUUUGAUAGAGGAGGAAAAUGGAUUUCAUCAUUCCAGAAAAAGAGUAGGCACUUUAGCAUUUCGAAAUAGAAGGGGAAAUGCCAAUUCUUGAAACUUG